AGGUGCAUCUGAAGGCAGCGCAAGUCGUCAGUCUCUCAGAACUUUCGUGAUGAAUUAGUUUGGCUUUGUUAUGGCUGUUUUGUCCAUUUCCACCUUCGUUAUCUACUGGCUAUGAGUGCACAAGGGGAAACUCAGAUUUUAAGAGGCGUUACAUCUCAAGAAACGAGUCUUGCUGAACCCCCACCGCUUCACCCCCCGCUCUGGCGGAAGCGCAGCGGUUCGCUCCCCCUAGCGGCAGAGCUCACAGCCGCGGAGCGUCACAGCGCCGGCGGCCGUCCCCCAGUCAGAGUGAAAGUUCUCUCCGCUUCGGAAAGCGGUGGGUUCGGGACUUGCUGGUUACCACCGCCGCUGCUUCACUCGCUUUCUCCCGGAGAGAUGAGGCGGAAGGAUAAGAGGCUGCUGCAGUUCGCCGGGCUGCUCAUAGCGGCUCUUCUUUUCCUCCCCAACGUCGGCCUGUGGUCUUUGUACCGGGACCGAGUGUUCGACAACUCGCCCGACACCGUGGACGGACCGGGCGGCAUCUCCCUCCUACAGGGGGUGAACCGCGUGGGUAAGGACGCUCAGGUGGGACGUGAUGGCGUGCGCAGGAAAGACUGGCACGACUAUGACACAAUCAGAAAAGAUUCAUCUCGAUCCGGUAACGGCGAACAGGGGAAGGCCUUCCCCCUGACAGACGCUGACCGGGUUGACCAGGCCUACAGGGAGAACGGCUUUAACAUUUAUGUCAGCGACCGGAUCUCUCUCAACCGCUCUGUCCCUGACAUCCGCCAUCCAAACUGUAAACAGAAGCUGUACGCAGAGAAGCUUCCCAACACCAGCAUCAUCAUCCCUUUCCAUAACGAGGGCUGGUCGUCGCUGCUGAGGACCGUUCACAGCGUCCUCAACCGCUCGCCUCCACAGCUCAUAGCAGAGGUCAUCCUGGUCGACGACUUUAGCGAUAAAGAGCACCUGAAGACGGCGCUGGAGGAGUACAUGGUGCGGAUGCCGAAGGUUCGCAUCCUGAGGACCAAGAAGAGGGAGGGGCUGAUCAGGACCCGUCUGCUGGGAGCCGCCGCCGCUAAAGGAGAAGUCAUCACCUUCCUGGACUCGCACUGUGAGACCAACGUCAACUGGCUGCCUCCGCUGCUGGACCGAAUUGCACAAAACAGGAAGACCAUCGUGUGUCCAAUGAUCGAUGUGAUCGACCACGACAACUUCGGCUACGAGACGCAGGCUGGAGACGCCAUGCGAGGGGCGUUUGACUGGGAGAUGUACUACAAACGGAUUCCCAUCCCUUCGGAGCUGCAGAAGGAUGACCCCAGUGAACCCUUUGAGUCCCCAGUGAUGGCAGGUGGAUUGUUUGCUGUGGACAGGAAGUGGUUCUGGGAGCUGGGAGGAUAUGACACGGGUCUGGAGAUCUGGGGAGGAGAACAGUACGAGAUCUCCUUCAAGGUGUGGAUGUGUGGUGGUCGGAUGGAGGACAUCCCUUGCUCUAGGGUGGGACACAUCUACAGGAAGUACGUCCCCUACAAAGUUCCUGGUGGGGUCAGUCUGGCCAGGAAUCUGAAGCGUGUGGCCGAGGUGUGGAUGGACGAAUACGCUGAAUACAUCUACCAGCGCCGGCCCGAGUACCGUCACCUGUCGGCAGGAGACAUGACGGCCCAGAAGGAGCUGAGAAACCACCUCAACUGCAAGAGCUUCAAGUGGUUCAUGAGCGAGGUGGCCUGGGAUCUGCCCAAACACUACCCACCGGUGGAGCCUCCUGCUGCAGCCUGGGGGGAGAUUCGUAAUGUGGGCAGCGGCAUGUGUAUGGAGAGUAAACACUUUGUAUCAGGGAGUCCCAUCCGCCUGGAGAGCUGCGUGAAGGGCCGGGGCGAAGUGAGCUGGAGCCACGGACAGGUGUUCACGUUCGGCUGGCGAGAGGACAUCCGUGUCGGUGACCCCAUGCACACUAAAAAGGUCUGUUUUGACGCCAUCUCCCAUAACAGCCCCGUCACCCUGUACGACUGUCACGGCAUGAAGGGCAACCAGCUGUGGCGCUACAGAAAGGAUAAGAGCCUGUACCACCCGGUCAGUAACAGCUGUGUGGACAGCAACCCCACUGAGCGGAGGGUCUUCAUGAACACGUGCGACCCCUCGGCCCCCAGCCAGCAGUGGCUGUUUGAGAGAACCAACAGCACCGUGCUGGAUCGCUUCAACCAGGGCACCAACUGAGGCCCUGCAGACGUGGACCUGCUGUUGCUGAUGCUGUGAAAAGGGUUUUUCCGUUUACUCUGGAUCCCCGUUUACCCGCUGCUGAGGUGACAGCUGCUUCUCUUUGGGGUGCUCAGAGUGAGGCAUGAUGGGAUACCGCGGGGGAAGCUGCUUAUUACACGUGACGGAUGGGUGACUGUGUGUGUGAGGUGUGUUUGCUGUGGCAGUGGUGGGUCCGUCGCUGAUUUUACUGUUGAUUGGUUAUCUGACAUUCCUCUCCUCUCUUCUCUUGUGUCUGUUUCAAAGUCUCUUCGUCUUCAUCCUCCGUCUCUCUCCUCCGCCCGCCUCCGCCUGCACGUCCGCCUCUAUCUGCCUGCAUGACUGCGUCUUUGCCCACAGACUCCAUUCUCGCUCUCAAAUCCCCUUAUGUCUCUGCAGCUCCAACAACCUCCUGGGGGGGUGGAGUGGGUGGGGGGGGGUUGCUCCUGCUGAGCCAAAGUCAUCCUGACACCUGGAUGAAGCCAGGCAGAACCACUCUGAAAAUCACCUGCUGAAUUGAUUCUCCUUUACUACCCUCACCCUCCCUCUGUUCCCUCCCCCAUCCUGUCCCCCCUUCCCCUCCGGCUGGUAGCUUCUCCUGCUCUGCUCUCCUCUGCGUGUGGGCAGAGCUGCUCUGAAUGUAGCAGCAGACAAAGGGAGUGUAAGAGGAAGAGACUUCUCCUGUGCUCCUCCUCCUCCUUGCUGUUAAUCAAUGGGUCAUCUGCAGGUUUGUCGCUCUCAGAGCUGAGUGCUGUCUAUUGCUGGGGUUUGUGUGGGCCCACUCCUGCUGGCUAAGGGCUUGUUUGUUGUUGUGCUGGCGGGGGGAGUAGGAGCUGCUGUCACACCUCUCAGAGUCUCCUCCUGCUUUCUGCUGCUCCCCACAUGACUCCGCUGAUCAGUUGCCGGAACGACCCCGUCACACACGGCCAAGUGCGAGGUCACGGUGUGAAGCGGCAGGCGGGAUGAGGAGCUAUGUGACCGGCAGGCCAGUUGAUUGGCAGGAGGACCCCCUGAUUGGUUGGCUGGCGCGAUGACUGGUCGCUUCAGUGCAUAGGAGGGACUCGCUGAGGAAGCUCUGGGAUUGAGACAAAUCUGGGGUUUAACUGCAUAAAGCACUUGUGUAAUGAUAAACUUGAAUGAAAUCUUAGUGCCUUGUUGGAAGAGGACUCAGUGUAGGUGUGUGUGUAUGUGUGUGUGUGUGUGUGUAUACCCAGCAUGUCCACAGCAGCAUUGAGGACUUUUUGUGAAAACUGGAUGGACCUGGACUCUGGUGCAGGACGUGGGAGGAACACACGUCUAACUGCUGGGUGUCUGCAGAGCUAAAGAUGCAUUUGUUUUGUCCACCAUGUUCUCCUCCUGCCUUGGAAAGAGACAAGCUCUGUUCCGUUUUAAUCAUGACAUGAUGCUGUUCCCACCUCUUCAAUCCAAAGUACUUUUUUAGGGAAGUGUUGUUGUUUACCACAUUCUGAAUCCCUUUUGGUUUUUAAAGAAAUGUUAUCUCCUCCUUUUGUUUUAAUCUUGAUGAUGGUUUUGUUUGAAUUUUCGCUCAAUGUGACGUUGUGGUCUGUCGUCUGCAUCCUUCUCUCAUCUGAUAAAGUGUAGGCGUGUGAUAUUUUAAUGUUGGAUUUUAACAAAUCAAAAAGUCAUAUCCCUGACAUAUUUAAGUAAAACAUUUGUAGAACACAUCCAGCUCUUUAGCGACACAUUCUGCACUGUUGACAGAAAUCUUUCACAAUCAUUAGGAGAGAGCAGAGUUGGAUGGUGUAUCAGUGUCUGUGCUGAUGGUUUUACUGUUAGAAUUUUAAGUAGAAGAAGACACUAAAUUUCAGUCGAAAUAGCUGAACUCCACAAGGUCAUGUUCAUCCAUUCAUCUUUCAAAUCGAUUUAUUUGAACAAGGAACAUUUUACUAUUUUAACUGUUGACAAAACCUAAAACCCCAGUCAGAGAUGACGAGUAUCACGACGGUUGCUAUUGACUUUAACUCAGUCUCCCCGUUUCAGGGCCCUGUGUACAUUCAGAUUUCAACAAGGCAUUUGGUGCAUCAUCUUCUGCAUAAAAUAGGGAUCAGUUGUGUGCCGCCUACUUCAGUCAAGAGGAACAGAGUGUUAUGAUGAAGAGCUAUGUGGAAUAUAAAAGAAUUAUUGCAGUACCAAGCAAAUAAGGCGAGAGAGGAAUGCUAAUAUAAUAUUUAUUUUACAGCUCAAUGCACUCCCAGUGUUUAUCUCUAACACGACAGCUGCACUUUGUAGAGCUCAGCUUUACACAGAUUUAAAUGUAAUCAUCACUUAAGUUUUUGUUCAAAACAAAUCAAGUCAAAUCUGUUCAUAGCCAGUUUUAAAGGGGAAACUCUGAACAUGACCUCCUCGAGCAGGUCAGGGGUGCAGCAUCAGUUACCGUGGUGAUCCACACAGGUUAAAAGAGCCAUCUUUGUAACCUGGCUACAGCAUAAGCUUCUGUACAUCAACAAACACACACACACACACUUGAUCCUUGUUUCAUUUUCAUUGCAGUUUGAAAAUCCAUCAGUCAUCUUAUUCAGUGUGGUCAUCUGGCUCAGUUUUUCAGUGUUGUUCAGGCUCUUUUUUUCUUCUCCUUGACCUUCAUGCUCCACACCUGGACAGCUUGUACCUUGUCAGAUUGUUGAGAGGUGAUGCUGCUUCAGACCACUGAGUCACUGCUGGAGCCAAGUGUCCUCUACGGUAACCAAUGGGACUGCCUGUCCGUUUUACACUAUGAUCAGUUCAUUUCUCUGCAUUUUUCUUCUUUUCUUUGACAUGUCGCCACAGCAACAGUGUUUCAGGAUGAGAACAGUUCUGUUGGGAUCAGCGGUGUGCAAUCAUUUGACUACAUUGUGAAGGAUUGUUUAAUACGAGCACUGUGCUUAUGGACAAAGUUGUGUGGAGAACUGGAAACACGAGGCGACAUUUUGGGCUUGUUGACAACAGCAGAGCAGAUCUGACAGUGCGGCCACAGAGCUUCAUAAAACAACAACUGUACAGCCCUCAAAAACAAGAAAAAUAAGCCAAUAAACUGGGGGAAAAAAUCAACUAAAUUGUCUGCAUACACACAAGAAUUUUUCCCUUGCCAAGAUUUUUUAAAACAAGUAAAUAUAUCUCAGAUCCACAGAUAUCUUUGAACCAGUGCAGCAGACUGAAAUAGGAACAUCUGUUUGGAUAUAAAGAGAGUAUAUCUGAGAACAAGUUCAGAUACACUAAAACAAUUCCACUUGUCUGUCCAUUAUGUUUCAUAUAUUAACAUGCUGAAAAAUAAUCUGGCUAUUUUAAUGCUAAGAGGCUUCAGGGGUUACUCAGAGCAUUUUAGUGUCUUUUUGCUCAGUUUUGAUUUCCUGGCACCGAUUCCUUCAUGCACCAAAGAGCAGUGGAACAUCUAACAGCUAAAAAAAAUUCAGAUAUUUCUCUAAAAGACAACUUGAACUGAAAUAUAAUGUUGGUUUUGUUAGUUACACUAAGUUUAUAAAUGCGUUAAUAUGUCAGGUCUGUGUCAGAUUGUUGUGGAGGUCUUCUGCCCCCAAGUGGCUAAAAUAUUACUGCAGCUUAAAGCAUGAGCUCACCAAGUCGUACAGUCAGCACUCCUGGCUUUGACAGUGUGGUGAGCUUGGUUACGAGUUAAAUCCGCAGCUCUCAGCUCCUCUGGAUGGUGCACAGGCUCUCCCAGGGGGGCUGAAGCAAGCCAAACCUUGUCGGAGUGUUUGUGAAGCACUGUGGCAACCACGUGUCGUCCAUCGGCCAGGCAGCAGUCUCAUGUGAGCUGCAGGAACUUAAAUUACCUCUUUGGGGAAACUGGCAUUGCCCAAGAUGUUGCUGACUUUCUCUCUUCACUAAAUAAGCUUGUGAAGGAUGAAUACAUUUUGCUUAUCAGAGCACCUUUCUGUUGCACAUGGAAAAUGUUUUUAUUACCUCACACUGUAACUUGAGUCAAGUCUUAACAGCCACGAUUUACACUCGUUUUAUUCCAGCUUUUAUCUGCUGUGGUAAAGUAGAAAAAGUACUGAGUGGUCUAUCAGUUUAAAGGAAGAGUUCAUACCCAGAAAAGAAAGUUGAGUCAUUGUCUCCUCACCGUCAUGCUGAUGGCAAGUCGGGUGAAGUCUCACAGCCUCCUCCUGAGCUCCUGCAGAAGCUCACUUUUAAAAUGGCUCCAAACAGCUCAGAACAGAAAUUAUUUCUGUUUUGGUUCAGCUGGCUUGAGAGGGAAAUUAAUUUUCAUUUUUGGGUGAACUGUUCCUUUAAGCAUGCAAACACCUGUUUUACUUCUCCACAGUUCAUGGGAUAUGGCCUUUGUAAAUGUGCUGCCUAUGAAAAAAUGUUAUUUUUCCACCCAUGCUGUUGUGAUCAGACUAAAACUUGCUGAGCAAUGUGCAGGAAUCUGAUUUUCUAAAAGAAAAGGUUUUUAUCGUCCACGGCCGGACAGCCACACAAUGUUGUGUACCUGUGUGUGAAUUUUGUUGUGAGGGAAGUGUAAAUUUUGUAUCUCGUGAAAAACAAAAACAUCCAAUAUUUUUUUCUACUGACAUUGCAACUGUAAAAGUGUAUUUAGAUAUUUAACAAACUGUACAAUUAAACUGGAAUUGUAUGAUAUUUUUGCUGAAAUUGUACAAUAAAAAGGUUUCUAUAUUUGGAUGAAAA